AUGUUUUCAGAAGCUUGGCUAGACAAACCUAAACUAGCUGGUGUAUGUGCUAAAAUAAGCCCAGAAUCAGCAAGUAUGUUGGAGGUAGAAUUUUCCGAAGAAGAAAUUUGGGAUGUUGUGAAGGAGUGUGAAGGAAAUAAGGCUCCCAAACCUGGUGGAUUUAAUUUAUCUUGUUACCAAAGUUGUUGGAAUGUUAUAAAACUUGAGGUUGUGCAAAUGAUGAAGGAAUUUCAUUUAAAUGGGAAGUUGGCUAAAGCUGUUAAUAGUUCAUUCAUCACACUCAUCCCAAAGAAGGAGUGUCCCAUUGGGUUGAUUGAUUUUAGGCCAAUAACCUUGGUAAGUUCAGUGUAUAAGAUUCUAGCAAAAGUUCUAUCUCGAAGACUGAGGCAAGUUCUUCCUAUGAUUAUUAGUGAAGUUCAAUAUGGUUUUUUGAGUGGUCGAUGCAUAUUUGAUGGAAUCUUAAUUGCUAAUGAGGUCAUGGACUGGCGGAAGAAGACAAAGAGCAAAGAGUUCUCUCCUCAUAGAGGGCUGAGGCAAGGUGAUCCUCUUUCACCUUUUCAUUUCAACUUGGUAACAAAGGGGCUAAAUAGUCUGAUAGAAAGAGCAAAAGAUUUGGGGACGAUCAAAGGAGCUGUGGUGGGUCAUAGAGAACUCAAGUUGUCUCAUCUUCAGUUUGCUGAUGAUACGAUUAUUUUUUGUGAGGCCAAUUGGGAGGAAAUCAUGGCAAUAAAGAGAAUCUUGAGAUGUUUUGAAUUAAUGUCUGGGUUAAAGAUCAAUUUUCAUAAAAGCAAAGUUUGUGGAAUUGGUAUAGAGGAUGAUCUGGUUAAAGCAUUUGCCAAAAUGUUGAAUUGUUUAACUCAGAAAUUGCCAUUGAAUUAUCUGGGUCUGCCACUGUUCUUUUUAUCCUUGUUUAAGAUCCCUAUGGGUAUUGCUAAGUUGGUAGAUAGAAUUCAGUCUACCUUUCUUUGGGGUGGUGAUGAGUAUGGCUUGGAAGAUACAGUAAUCUGGAAACAAGUGGUAUGUAGUAAGUAUGGUCAAAGUGGUGGCAGAUGGAGCUUAUUGACAGUGGAGUCCAGGAUGUUGUCUGUCAUGUGGCAGGAUAUUAUGUCCUUAGCUUCCCCUAACCCAUCUUUGAGGGAAUUCUUUGUGUCUAAUUUCAAUAUUGUGAUCGAGAAUGGUCUCAGGACAAAAUUUUGGCUGGAUGUGUGGCUUAAUGAUCAAAGUUUAUCCCUUGUUUUUCCUAGAUUGUUUUCACUAUCAGUCGAGAAUGAUGAUUCAUUGUUUGAUGUUUUCCAAAGGAAAAGUGGGGGAGAGGAUUGGAAUUUCAGUUUCCGAAGACUGCUAUUUGCUUGGGAAGAGGAGGAGCUUCAGAACUUGGUUGUGUACCUGCAUCGGGCACCCAGUUUAAGAACUCAAGUAGGAGAUUCUUGCACAUGGUUGGCUUAUUCAUCUAGAGCUUUUUCUAUAGUUUCAAUGUGGAGUCGGAUGGAUUCAAGUAAAGGGUCUAAUCUCAGAAUUGCUAAGACCAUUUGGAAUAAUAUUGCACCUCCAAAGGUUCAAUUCAUGACGUGGUUAGCUUGGAGAGAUAGGAUGAAAUCUGUUGUUUUUAUAUUUGUUACCAAGUGUAAUUUAUUGGUUCUGUCUUUGGCUGAUUGGAUGCAGCAGAUGGAGGAGAUGGUGGAGCUAUUGAAAGUUAGAGUUGUUCUAUGGAUGAAAUCAAAUUGUAACGAAGUGAAAAACACAGUACAUGAUAUUGUUGCAAACUUGAAACAGAUGGUUGUUGCUGCUAGUAUUGAUGUUGUUAUGGUUGCUGCUGGUAGUAUUGAUGUUGUUUUUGCUGCUAUGGUUAUUGCUGUUAUGGUUGAUGCCUUUUGGAUGCUGUUUUUUAGGAGGUGUUUUGCUGGGUGGAGUUCACAGCUGAAUAGGGGUGUGUUUUGCCAUUGGUUGAGCCUGAAGGAUGCUUGGUUGUAA